AUGAGAUUCCUACAGACUCACUCCACCCACUGGCGAGCAACAUGCAGCUACCCAACCCACGGCAUCGACUUCAGAGACUACCUUCGUGGAAAUUUCAAGGACUUCAACAUCUUUGACUUCGUUGGAGAAUGCCAGUGCAAGAAAGUGGAAUACGUCAACAUCCGGGAACACGUGGGUACGGAUCUGACGGCGCCUUUCUGGCAGAAGCUAAAUACAUGGACAUUGCAUAUCGACAGUACCUACACCCACUGUCAGUUCAAGACGGCGAAAUCUGGUGCGGCGUCAAGUGAAGACAACUUUGGCUGGUAUGGAGACGGCAUCAGCAACAAAUUCCGCCGCACACAGGGAGACCAAUCCACUACCCAGUGGUGGUUUGGAGCUCACCUUUAA